CGCACUGAAGAUUUUGGGCGGGGUUUGGCCAUAAGAAACCGUUGAAAGACAAUGCCCUUUCAAGAUUUUGUCACACCUGAUUUGCCGAUCAUACUUCAUACUCUUUGAGCUCAGUGAAAGCGUCGACCAUGGCAUCUCCUUCGUCUACUCCCCUCACAGAGUUGGCUUCGCAACUCGAUGAUGGGAGAGGGAUGGCAAGAACUAUUGCGGAUGCUAAGGACGAUAAUGAAUGUGGGGCGCUUCAUUUUGCCGCGAUGGACGGCAAUAUCGAACUGUGCAAGUACUUGUUGGAGGAGUUGAAGCUUGAAGUGAACCCGAAAGAUGUCGACGGUGACACUCCCCUUCAUCAUGCUGUUGGGUUUGCGCAUAUUGAAACAGCAAAGUAUCUAAUAGAUCAAGGUGCCGAUCCUGUUAUACCCAAUGAUAAGGGUAUGUCGGUAUUGCAUUACUCUGCUGGGUCAGGGAACAUCGAAUUGAUGAGCUUUCUACUUUCUAAAGGGGUCAACAUUGAUUGUCAAAGCUCUUUAGGCAGCCCUUUAUUUUUUUCUGCUGGCUGUGGUCAGCAAGAUGCUGUAAAAUUUCUCUUAGAGCAUCAUGCCAACCCCAAUGCAGAAAUUGCUGAUCGUUUAACUCCGCUCUUUGCAUCUGUCACUAACAGUUCGCUCGAAUGCUUAAAGCUGUUGAUUCAGUGGGGUGCCGAGGUGAAUGUUACUUUGCCUGAAGAAGGAACACUUCUGCACGUUGCUGCUUCCGGGGGGAACCUCGACGUCAUAAAUUGCUUACUAGAAGCAGGAGCUGAUCCCAAUGUCCAAAACGAGGAUGGGAUGAUACCCAUACAACUCGCAGCGAAAAGUGGCAAUCGCGCAGCCGUGGAGAUGCUUUUUCCAAAGACUGCAAAAAUCCAAACUAUUCCAUGGAGUGUGGAUGGAAUCAUGGUGCAUGUGGCUGAACAUGGUGAUAUGCAGGCGAGUGGAGAUGCAAAACAGAAAGCUGCAGAAGCAAGAUCAAGGGGAGAUGAUGCUUUUCAAAGAAAGGACUAUCAAGCAGCCGUAGGCGCUUACCAACAAGCAAUAGACUUUGAUCCAGAUGACGCCACUUUGCUUUUCAAGCGAAGUCUUUGCUGGAUUCACUUGGGACAAACUGAACUCGCUCUAGUUGCUUUUCGAAUGGGGCCCGGAGGAAUUUAA